GAAAUCUUCCAAGUUUCAUGAGUUCAUCAAUUUCUCAUUGCAAUCUUGGGUGUUUGAUCCAACGGUGAUGAAUGGGACUUAAAAAUCACUUCACCGUCCUAAACUUUCCAACUUUGUGGCAGCCCUCCACGUCUUUCCUAAUCCCAGCAUCCUUCUGAUGCCUACUACCGUCAUUAAUCACGCGAUAAAUACAUUAAAAAAGGAGAGAAGAAAACUUGCCCAAAACGAACUCUGGGUUCGAUUUUCACUGUACGUACUUGAAAUUUUUACCAAACAAGCAACUAAGGCUAUCAAUUUCAUGAACCCCACUUGAAAAUCUUCAGCUUUCAUCGCCGAAAUCCUCCAUUCAUUGUUUAAUUGAGCUGUUACUCCAAUGGAGCCUCUGCAAUUUCACUGCUUUUCUGCUUGAAGUUUAACCCAUAACCCCAUAAACCCCUUUCUCUUCCUUUUUCAAUUUGGAGCUUUAUUUCUUUUUGUUUACUCCAUAAAAAUGGCUUCCAUUUCACCUUACCGCCCAAACUUUGUGUUCUCUUCAUUUCCGAGUCGUGUUCCCAACUCAAAUCCUCUAUUUCAUGGAGUCCAAUUCCGAGGCUUAUCCCAUCAUAAGCCUUUCCUUCGCGGUUCUCUUGCUGUCGCGAGAUUUGGGUUUAAACCCGAGUUCUUGCCUGACCCGGAUAACGCCGAGGGCUUUGUUAGAGAUUUGUUUGGCAAAGCUGAGAGCUUUCUUUACACGAUUGCCGACGCCGCCGUGUCUGCUUCGCCGGAGAAUGUUACUACCGCCAAGCAGACGGACGACUGGUUUACGGGGAUUACCAAUUAUAUGGAGAGCGUCCUUAAAAUUCUUAAGGAUGGACUUUCUGCUCUACAUGUUCCUUAUGCCUAUGGCUUUGCCAUUAUACUUCUUACAGUUCUUGUUAAGGCUGCUACGUUUCCUUUGACAAAGAAGCAGGUAGAAUCUGCAAUGGCGAUGCGUUCUUUGCAACCACAAGUGAAGGCUGUUCAACAACGCUAUGCUGGGGAUCAGGAGAGGAUUCAACUUGAGACUGCUCGACUGUACAAAUUAGCUGGCAUAAACCCACUGGCAGGAUGCCUACCCACGUUGGCAACAAUUCCUGUAUGGAUUGGACUAUACAGAGCUCUCUCAAAUGUGGCCAAUGAGGGUCUCCUCACGGAAGGUUUUUUCUGGAUACCCUCUCUGGCUGGUCCAACUACGAUUGCGUCCCGACAAAAUGGGAGUGGUAUUUCUUGGCUCUUUCCAUUUGUUGAAGGUCAUCCUCCACUUGGGUGGUCAGAUACCUUUGCAUAUCUUGUUUUGCCUGUGUUGCUGGUCGUUUCGCAGUACAUCUCUGUUCAAAUUAUGCAAUCAUCGCAGAAUAAUGAUCCAAGCAUGAAGAGUUCUCAAGCCAUAACGAAGUUCCUACCAUUGAUGAUUGGAUAUUUUGCUCUUUCAGUUCCUUCUGGUCUAAGUCUCUAUUGGCUCACCAAUAACAUCUUGAGCACAGCUCAGCAAGCUUGGCUUCAAAAGGCAGGUGGCGCAAAAACCCUGGACAAACAGUUCAUCGAUGAAAUCGUGAAACAAGAAGAAAAACAAGCCCGAGUCCAGAGCGAAGCGCCCAAGUUAAACUCAAUAUCAAGUAGCACAGUAGCUCGACCAGAAGAGAAGCUGACAGCAGAAGGGCUAAAGCCUGGUGAAAGAUUUAAACGGUUAAAGGAGCAAGAGGCUAGGUUAAGACAGCAAAGAGAAGAAGAAAAAGGGAAAGCGGAAGAGUCUGCCAAGGUUGAAUCUCUGACAAUAAAUGACAGGGACAAGAGCGCAUCUGUUGGAGUUGUUGUCAAUGGUAGUCUUUCUAGGCAGGAGGAUGUAAAGGAAGAUCGAAAUUCCAUACCCACGACUACUAUGCAAAGAAACGAUGUGGAUAGUGAGCCAAGUGCAACUCAGGGAGAGGGAGUGCUCGAGACAUACACUAGGGUUGCCAAGGAUGCCAAAUUAAACGGAGAAGAACAAAGAGAGUAACUGGUUAAGGGAAGAUAGAGAUAGUGUUUCGAUUAUACAAGCCAGCAGGCUAGUUCACAUGGUUGAUAUGGCACUAAAGCCAAUUGUUUCGCAUAGCUCGAUACCGUGAAGAAUUACAUUGGAGGUAUCACGAAUACUGAAGUUGAACUUUCUCCUGGUGGUCGCUUCAGUCUUAAGAGUUUACUCAUCCACGAUAAAUUAGGGUGCGGGAUCUGGAUUUUUGGCGCACUUUUGUCGAUUUCACGGAAUGUAAUCUGUAAUCUGUACAAUAUAGAUGAGUACUUGGUUUUUUGUCUUAGAUCUUAAUCACAAUAAAAUAAGAAAUUACUCUCA